UUUGUUUCAAACAAAGAUUUUGCUUUUCUAAGCAGUAACCAUGUCAGAAAAUCAGAAGCCUCAGUCCCAUCAAAACCUCCCUUCUUCUCCUAAUAAAUCAAUCCCAGAAAUCGAAAGCAACGCCGCCUCUGAUUUCUCGGCCCAUCAAAGGGUCCGUUUCCCCAACCCACCCGACCUCACUAACCCUGACCCUUCUACCCUACGAGAUCAAUGGAGGUACGCCAUCCGGCAGUACAGUCGUUGGUACUCUCACGCCUGGGGCACCGCUAUUCUUGCUGGGGUUUCCUUUUUUGCCCUCGGUUGGGUCAUCAAAGGCUCUAAUCCCCUCCCCUCUUUCAACUCCGACAAGAACAAAAAUGACUCCGACACUAACAAAAAUGACAAUAGCAAGUGAUCUUCCAACCAUCCUCAAUCUUCUGUGGAUAUGUUUGGUUUCACCACAACUGUUGAAGAGGCCAGUUUGAUCAAAAAGAAAAGACUGAAAUUGGAAGAGAUUGUAGUGUGUACUGGCAUCAUAGAGGCCAGUUUGAUCAGGAAGAAAAGACAGAAAUUGGAAGAGAUUGUAGUGUGUACUGGCAUCAUAGUUUUUGCUUCAGUUUUGUGCUAAGUGUCACUCACCAGAUAUUAAUUAUAAAUGGAGUCUUUUUUAACCCCGUUUGUUCAUA